ACCACCUAUGAGGAGAGAAACCUCCGAAGUCCGAAUCCUGGCUAGUCUACGGAAACCAAAUUGGAUAAACCCACACUCCUCUGUAAAACUCCUCGACUAAGCAACCCACCCAUAUACGCAACGAAUACCACUUCUAUAAAUUCAUCUCUCCAUUUGGCGCCUUUACCCUACAACAUUCCCUCCUUCUACAGCAGUCGCAAAAACCUCAAAACUCUUCAUCAAUGGCGGAAGAAAGGUCAGAAAUCGCAUUCUUCGAUGUCGAAACAACGAUACCAUUGAGACAAGGUCAAGGCUUCACAAUUCUUGAAUUCGGAGCUAUUUUAGUUUGCCCUAGGAAGCUCGUUGAGCUCGAGAAUUACUCCACUCUUAUAUGCCCUAGAGAUAUGUCUCUCAUCUCCUCAAAAUCGGAACGAUGCAAUGGUAUUACACGCGCCGCUGUAUCCGUCGCUCCUCCUUUCUCUCUCCUCGCCGAUAAAAUCUUCGACAUCCUUAAUGGGAGGAUUUGGGCGGGGCAUAACAUAACGAGGUUUGAUUGUCCUCGGAUUAGAGAAGCGUUUGCGGAGAUUGGGCGUCCACCGCCGGAGCCGAAAGGGAUUAUUGAUUCUUUGGCUUUGCUUACUGAGAGAUUUGGUCGCCGAGCUGGUAAUAUGAAGAUGGCCACUCUUGCCACGUACUUUGGAUUGGGUCAGCAAACUCAUAGGAGCUUGGAUGAUGUGCGCAUGAAUCUUGAAGUCCUCAAGUAUUGUGCAACUGUUCUCUUCUUGGAGUCAAGCCUCCCAGACAUUCUUAUUAGAGAUAGUUGGGUUUCUCCGACUACAACUGCCAGAAGAACUCGUAGUGGCGGGAGAAUUUCACCAAUGGAAAUGAGCUAUGCUCCCAACCCAGAUCCCAUUUCCGAAAACCAUCCAAAUCAAUUCUUAGGGGAACAGAUUCUCAAUUUUGUUGAGCCUGUUAGACCUGAAACGGAAUCAUUUGAUAUGAGAAGGCUUUCUGAGGAUAUAAUGGAUGAUGCUAUCCAAGAAGUUGAUGCAGCAGAGAAAAGCCCUGAAACCGAAUCCCCUGAAAUAUCUCGUCCAUUGACGAUAUCUGAGGGCUGCAGCAGUUUGUCUGGUUUUUUGACUCCUGAUAAUGUUUCUAUUCCUUCUAUCAGUGCAUCUCUAGUCCCAUUCUAUCGCGGGAGUCAAAGGAUUCAGAUACUGCAUGACAAUGUUGUAUUGAAGCUUCAUUGUAGUCAUCUGAAAGUGCGAUUUGGAAUUAGUGGAAAGUUUGUAGAUCAUGCAGGCCGCCCGAGGUUGAACUUUGUGGUAGAUGUUCCUCCAAACGUUUGUCAAGUUCUCGAUUCUUGUGAUAAUCAUGCACAGAGCUUGUUCAUGGAGUCUGGUAGCACAUCUGAUUGGAAGCCCAUGGUAGCCAGAAAGGGUUACUGGAGCUCCCCUACUAUACGACUCCACAUACCUACUGUUGUAACUGGGAAUGUUGCAAAAUAUGGCACUGAAAUAUUCCAGAAAGAAGCUGCUUCAGGUGCUGAGGAAAAGGUCCUUUUUAGUGAAUUCGAUGCUGCAGAACUUGACCGCAUGUUCGCUGCUGGAACUCUGAUUGACGCAUUCUUCUCCUUGGAUCCAUAUGAUUACCAGCAGAGUGCAGGCAUCCGAUUAGUGGCUGAAAAGCUUGUUAUCCAUUCUUAGGAAACUUGCAGUUCAUACCACAUUUGGUUAACAAGUCCAAACCAAAACCUGUAUAUUUUUAGAUGGAACCCCAGGAGUGGACUUUGCAGAGAGAGUUAGGAUUUGACUUGAGAAGUUUGGAUGAGUUAGGAGUUUAAAAUGACGGUAACUUUAACUCACUUGUUUCAUCUGCUAAUUGCUCGUUAUUUAUUGUUAAUUAUUGAAUUUAUGUAAUUUGACGUUGUUAAUGACGUCUUAUCUUGUAUCGUUACAUCGUGUUCUUCUGAUUUGCAUUA